GUUGUGGAUCGAAUCUGUGGUAUUGGAUAAAAAAUAAAAAUAGGUUAAUUGUCGUAUAUUUAGUUUUUUAAUCAAAGUUCCAUUUUAUUAGUGUAAUAUGGAGAAAAGUGGGAAUCCACCGCCAUAUGGUUGGGGAAAUGGCCAUACUCUUCAGCCACCGCCUGCUGCACCCCCUAGCUACUCUCAGGCUGUCGGAGGAGUAGGACCUUCGAGCCCAUAUACUCCACAAUAUCCAGCAUCUGCUGGUCCACCUAUCGUCACUACAGUGGUAGCUGUAGGUCCUCAUCCCACUCAUAUGAUAUGUCCAAGCUGUCAUGCAGAAAUUGACACUGCCACUCAAACAAAGCCUGGCCUAAUUGCAUACAUUUCAGGAGCUAUUAUAUUCCUAUUGGGAUGCUUUUGUGGUUGCUGUCUUAUACCUUGCUGCAUUGAUAGCUGUAUGGAUGUACACCAUAAGUGCCCUCAUUGUGGAGCCUAUCUUGGACGUUAUCGGCGAUAAAUGUUUACAAUUUAGACACUUCAUAGUAAUAUUGAUGUAAAAAUCUAUAUACAACUAAAUGAAUCUUUUAUGGAUCUGAUAAUGUUGAUAUUAAUAUUCAUUCAUUUAACUUUUUUUAUACAAAGUGAUGAUCAAGUUAACUAAGUAUGUUUUAACAACAUUGAUUUUGAUCAAUUAAUUGAAUAUUUAUUAAUAUUUCUCUUUUUAAUUAUAUUAACUGAUAUUUAAUUUAAGGCUAUUUAGGUGAAAAUAGAACUCUAUUGCCUAAUGUCAUUUUUUUAUGCUAUUGCAUCUUUAAUAUAGGCAAUAAGUUCUAUUUUUGAUUACUUGCAAAGUAAAUGUGUAUUUAUCUAUAUUAUUGUUUUAUCUAUGUAUACUAAUGACAAAACUGCAAUGUGACCUAAAGAAACUAGUUAAUGUCACAUAUUGUACCUAUAAUCUAGAAACAUUAUUUAGAUUAGAAAUACACAACAGAUCUCUGUGUAACCAUUUACCAUCAGAUGGGCAGUAUUUACCACCAUUGUGGUAUAAAAAAGUACAUUGUUAAAAAUAUACUUUAUGUAAUGUAUUCAGAUUAACUGUAGGAUUUAAAUAUGGUUAAUAUUAGUAAUUAAUGAGCAGUACCAAGAUGAGUAGCUGGAUUGGUAGUACCAACUCAACUACAUUAUACUGUAUUUUACAAAAGAAGAUGGUUGUAACGAAAUAAACGAUUUGAUGUAUGUGACUAUUGCUAUAUUGAUAUAGGUAAUGAUGAUGUGGCAAAAGAUGCAUGUACUUAUUAUCAAUUAAUGUGUGUAUUGUUACAUUAUUAAUAAAUUUGUUAACUUUCUUAAGAAUUAUGAUGCUAAUUUGUUUUAAAGUACGUAUUCAGUACAUUCUGUGUGCCUGCAUUGUAUUCAAGGUAUCUAAUGUGAAAUAAGAGAAACUAAAGUCCAUAUUUUUUUAAAUCUCUAUACAGUUAUGAGUCAUAUCAUAUAUAUUGGUUUUAGUGUGGUCACAUAUUACUUAACUGUAGUAUUAUGAGUACGGAAUAUGUGACCAUAUCUGUAAUUAUACUGGCUAUAGUCUAUAGCUAGUCUGGACCUUUAUAACCCUGGAGACAAAUUCUACAUUACCUAUUUUGUCAGCAUUUAUUCAUUUUUAAUUAGGGUUGUGUAGUGCUACAAAAACCGGAAAAUAAUAUUUGGUUACUCAGAAAUAAAUCGAGAGUAUUUUUUGAAAACGCAUUAACAAAAAAUUUAUAAAGUAGGUAUCAAUAAAAUUAUGGUUGUUGAAUCAAAUUAUUUUUUUAUUGAUAUAUUUUUGACUAAAACAAAUGUCUAGCGUACGGUGUCAUAAAAUAUACAUAUAUUAAACAUUUUUAAUUGUAUGAAAAAAAGGAUGGUUUGUAGCUUAACACUGUAAAGGUACUAUAUGUACGGAAAACACAAAAAAUAAUUUUGUAUUUAAUAAACAACGACAAUACUAGUGUACAUAUGUAAAUUUUCAAAAUAUAUUGUGCGCAAAUUUCGUAUGAAGCACUAAAAGUAAUAAGCAAAAAUAGAAACUAUGAUUCAACAAAUCGAUAUCGCAGAUAUAGCUAUAGGUCAUACCAUUAUUUGUUAAUCAAUUUUGUCUCCGAGAUUAUAAAAUAGACUAUUGUAAAUGAAAGUAGUUGUCUCGUACCAAUAAUUACUUUAAUACUGUGUGUAUUUAACGUUAGUUGAUGCUUAAUUAUGUCUGCAUGCUAUCAGUGACCUCGUAAAUGAAUGUUUAGUAUUUACUAGUUACUUAAAUAGUAAAUUCCCACGCAGGUAUUCAUUACGAAAUACCUAACCAUAUGUUUAUGUUAAUCAGAGUUACAUGGGUGAGCCGUUCCGUGUUGAAUGUCAGGCCUGGUGUACUUGAUUCAUUUAAGGAAAAAAAUAUAUAUUACGGUGCAAUGCUUUUACAUAUUGCUUAAUUAAUUUAGAAGGAUAAUAAUGAUUUGAAUAUGUAUAAGAUAUCUGGUAUUUUACAAAAUAAAAAA